AUGCCCAUCGCCCGCUCGAGAGUUCCGCUGCUGCUGGCCUUGGGCCUCGGCGGGCUCGCGGCACCCAGCUGCCGGAACCCGCUGUUCCCGGUCCACUGGUCCAGGGAAUGCAGCCGCAUGUGCCCAAGCCUUCUCAACGGGGACACAGCGGUAUCUAACAACUUGACUGCUUGCCCCCACUGGAAUGGUCUGGCAAGCUGUUGUAGCACAUCCCUGGAGCCUGCGCAGCAUCGUGCCUUUGACCACUGGAAACUGUCGCUGGGACAAAUCAUCGUGAGCUGGAGAAACUAUGCAGCUGGAAUGGCCAUGCGACAGUUCACCAAAGUUUAUCAGUACUCAGGUGCUGAGAUGCAGGCGCUGUUCGAUGAAGCACUGGCAUCAGUGCAGCACAGCACAACCGUUUUCGCCCCAUGCCUUUCUGCCAUGUUGCAGUAUGCUGCUGGCAUGAUUUGCUUCAUGUGCGAUCCGCAAUGGGAAACUUAUCUCUACAAGGCAGAUCAAUCCGCAGAGGAGACUGCGGAGAAGGAGCAGUAUUUGGAAGGUGCCAGCUACGAUGCUGUGGCAGUGGGCUCCGGCGCCUGCGUAAAGCUUUGGGCCGGCUGUGCGGCUUUCUCAGCGGCGGCGCGCGACGCCUGGGAGAAGGUCUUGCAGUGCCCACUCGCCAAGCAGAUAGAGCAGCCUCUUCCGGAUCUUCCACCUUUCUUCUCCAAGCCGGAGCUCUGCGAGUGGGCUCGGGCUGCCAUCGCACAGCAGCCUCUGGCUGAGACAUCCCGCAGCUUACCCCAGCAGCGACUUCCAGAAUUACCUUCUGAUGCUACCACCACAAGUAUUUCCUCCGAUGAAGAGAGUCAGAACAGGGAGAAGGAGGUGGACGAGCGCAUCCUGGGAGAGGCACAUGAGGACAACGCUGACAAAGGUGACGAUCCGUCAAGCAGAACCAGCUCGCCCUAUGCGUGGGGUCAGUGGUUUCUGGUGGCAGCCUUCCAGGAGCCUGACGAGGUUCUGGUUGCCAAAGCACCAGGCGAAGUCGGAGCCUCCCUUACCUUCGACGAAAACUUGGGUGGAGGGGAGCUUGGGCGCGUAGUCUGCGUCGCCGCGACGAGUGUCGGUCAUGGAACUCCAGCGGAGCUCUACACGGCUUCAGUGUCAGAAGAAGACUUGACGCUGGAGACUAUCGUCCGCUACAAGUACAAGAUGAUGGAAGGCAAGAUCAUCCUUUCGGCCGCGGUAGACGUCUGGCCGGCUCCAGCAGCCAAGAGGAGGGUCGUUGGCAUGGUUGCUUUUGGCGGAUAUUUGGUUGUGGCAGAUGACGAGGGACACAUCUCCCGCUUGGUUGCAGCGACGAUGGCCGAGGGAGAGAGGUCAGAUGGCAAACAGCUCUACGCAACGCCGAUUGCGAGUGACGAGAAACACCAGAACAUUACCGGCCUAGCUGUCGGCGAGGGCGGACGGACUCUCUACUGGUCCACGGCUACAGACAUCUUCGUGGGUCCGAGCGAUGGAAGCGGCGGUCAUCGCGCGAUCUUCGGACAGGAGCAGCUGCAGAAGUUGGGAGGUAGCACCUCUUCGAUCGCAUACUUGGCAGCGGAUCCUUUAGACGAGCUCCUCUUUUUCGUUGUGCACGAAGGUGCCACCUCUCAGAGUUGUCGAGUCAGCCGGCUGCUUUUGCCACCGCGCAGCGGCAGUGUGGUCACGACCGUCUUCGAGUGGCCUGUAGAGAAACUGUGGCUCAGUGCCCACUCGCAAGUUCUCUAUGUCGCGUCCGAGCACAGCCUGUACUCGCUCCCAGUCAACUUCUCGGCGUCUGUGGCACCCCACCCCGUCUUCAAAGACCAGCAGAAAGUGUUGACCAGUUUCCACAGCUUCCACGUCCGUGGCACGGAUUGUGUGCUUGGAGACUGGCAAGAGCAGGGUAAUUGUACGAAGACAUGUGGCGGCGGCGUGCAGAAGCUUAUUCGGCCCAUCCUCACCCCAGCCUCUGGUGGUGGUCGGCCGUGCUCGAAGCAACAGAUCCGGCACAAGGAAUGCUUCGACCAGCCAUGCCCGGAGCGUGCCACGGACUGCCUCAUGGGCCAGUGGAUCAACAUGGCUGUGUGCUCGGCCACUUGUGGUUAUGGCAAGCUGCACCAGAGGAGGUCUGUCCUGCGUCCUGCGGCUGACGGGGGAGCUGCAUGCCCAGAAGAGCAGGAACGAAGUGUGGAUUGCGUCCGGGCAGAGUGUGGCGGCUACGAUUUUCUGGUGGCAGCAAUGCCGGGCCAUGGGCUGUCUCUCGUCCUGCAGACACGCUCGCUGAACCUCGGCUCCGACUCGGCCGACUCCGAAACUCUCAUGGCUUUCGAUUCUGACAACCGCUUCCUUUACUUGGCAUCCAGUGGAGGACACAGCGUCACCCGCUGGUCUGUCAGUGUCGGCGAUGGCCACGUCAUGAGUUUCUAUGCGAAGGAGGUGGUCUUUACCUCGAAGGCACACGGCACAACGCCCACCAUCAUCGACCUGAAGAUCCAAGCUGCUGCGCUGUUCGUCGCCACAUCGGACGAGAAGAUCUUGCGAAUAGAUGAGGAUGCUCUGCUGACCUCCAACGAGAAGGCUCCGUUGGUGCAGGUGCUCUACAAGGACUUGGGGCGGCUUCGCAGCCUGGCUGCUGCUGGGACCUACCUUCUCUGGGCAACCAGCAACGAGGUGAUGCUGGGAACAGUGGAUGGACCGGCACCUCUUGUAGCAGAGCGACCAGUUCUGAAUCAGAAGUCCUUAGAGGACUUGGUCGGCUCGUCCUCCGAGGUGGUGCAGGUGGAGUUGCUUUGGGACGCCAGCUGUUUUUUCUUGGCAGCCUGGGAUGUCACAAAGGAGACAUUGUCCAUCUUCCAGGUUUCUAUCACUUUAGACAGCUUCGCCGCUGCCGUGGUUGAACAUCAGCAACUCCGACAGCUACGGCACACGUGGUCGAGCCGAGGUGUGAGACACUCGGCGCAACCUCAGUCCUUCCGACGUUUAGGAAGAAGCUCGUUGGUCACAUGA